UUGACGAUGGAAACUAACCCAUGUUUCCGAGAGGUCAAUAUUUCGAAAUAUUUGAGUCGGGUGUGGAGUAAGGCAGAGUCCGAAGUUAAAAUGUCGGGACACAAACCGAAUUUACCAGAUGUGGAUACAUUAAUUGAUGACUUCAAAAGACUUGGAGGACUCAGCAAGGAGUUGGGCAUAUCUUGGGGUGUAAAUCGGGAGGAUAAUGAGCUCACAAACAACCACUCCACACGGAAAAUACUCGAAAACUCGCGCGAAAUUGAGAAACUAAACCUUAAUCUAGACUUCAAAGCGUCCACGUGGGACACAACGGAAAUCCAACUUGUCGAAAGCACGUUAUCAAAUUUACACUUCCCGCAGUUAAAACGGCUCGAAUUAACAUUUGAAAAUCUGUCCUGCUUCCCGGGCAGUGUGAUAAACCUGAUCGUUACCCGGUUUGUCGCAAUGACGCCAAAAUUAAUAGGAUUCAAGUGCACGGAAGCCACCCCGAGUGAAAGCUUCUUAUCGGAAUUGACAAAAAAUUUUCCUCUGCGAUUAGAACAGCUUAAGGAACUUGAAAUUCCGGUUUUUCCCGAAACGAACUGUUUCCUUGAGAAGCUUCGAAAUUUGGAGAAGAUUGAUUUCCGCAUUCAUUACUUUGACCUUCCCUAUUGGAAACGUGAUUUAAGAUGUCACCUUGCAGUGCAGAAACUGUUCGAUGCAAAUCAAGAAACGUUGACCCAUGUUACGCUCGAAUUUAGGGACCCAGGCCGAAAAGAUGUCAAAUACACGGACGUGAUUGUUCUGCCGAAAAUGACGAAUUUGGAAUCACUUGCACUAUCCGUCACGUGGGCCGGGGUGGGAAGACAGCAUAACUUUAAAUCUGCACGUCAACCACAACAAGCUUUAAUCGGCUUUCCUCCCCUUGAACGAGGUGAUUUUGGGAAACUCAAAAUUCUCAAGUUUACAAUUCAGAGGGGGGAAAAUUUUUCCAUAAAAGUUGGAGAAGACGAAGAAAUAUCCCUAGACGACCUGGCGGAGCUUUAUUUCGUUACAAAUCUACUACCUGCAUUUGGUGGGAGGGUAAAAUUAUUACCCUUCCCUCCGUGGAAGUCGCUAUCUUGGGAAGUUUUCCCAGUUCAAUGGUGCAUUCUUCUCUGUUUGGAAAAUUUGCGAAACUUUUUCCAAAUGCGGAACCACUGCAGCAAAAAAACAGGGAGAAGAAGUCUUUCUGCAAGUGGGGCAUUUUUGCAGUUCUAAUAAUAAGCAGUUUUAUAGGGAUAAUAGUUUUGAUAGUACGGUUGGCUUAACCUCUUUCGGACUACUCAUUUUUUAAUAAAAGUACGAUGUUGAUUUCAUAAGUACAUCUGAUAGGAACCAAUUAAAAUCUCAACAACUUUCCUAUUUUGGAAUUUGAUGACGAGAAACACGAAAAAUUAGUUUUUUAAUAUUGGUCUGUAUAUGAAAAAUUCCAAAAUUUCAGAAGGAAAAAUCCAAGAAUUUACGAUCGAAUUUUCUCCGAAAUACCAAGGUAUAUUAAAUAUAUAGGAAAUAUAUUUCUUUAAAAGGAAAUUUUGGUGCCAACGUAAUUUAUGCAGUACACACAUUUGUGUACUUCUUCCUCAACGAAAAAUAAGAGGUGAAUAAAGUUAAGGUAGCGUUAAUAAAAUAUGUAAAGCGAUGGAGGUGAAGGCUACAUGUAUAGUUGUCACGUUACCGGUCAACUUUCGGUACAUGGUGAA